CUUCCUCAUAAUCAUCACUAUCUUCCCUCUCUCUAGCAAAAAAGCGCAACAGAAGAAGAAGAAAGGUAACAUUCUCUGAGCCUGCAGCGAUAUUCGCGUACCAUAAGAUUUAUAAGAUAUACGGGCUAAUCAAUCAAUUCACCUAGAACUUUGAUCCGAUUUGCAGACUUCCAGUUGGAGACUCACAUGUGGUGUUCAUUGUUGGCCCAACAGUUUUCGUGAAAGAAGGAACAUCGAUCAAAUAGGACAUUGAUGGAUUAAAGUGCGUGCGUAGAGCGACAGCAGGUUGUGAGGUUUUGAUCAGAUGAAGAGAUUGAUCUCAGUUGAAGGAGAUUGAGAAUCAAUGAAGAGAGAUCAAGAGGUUACAGAUGGGUUUGGAACGAGAGGGCAGAACUGGAGGAAGAUAGCAGGUGAAGGAGAAUGGAAGCUUUCUACGGCCUUGAUUCAGCCGAAACGUCGUCGGAAAACACCACCAGUCAUACCGAGAAAUGCAUUUUCUCCGUCUAGCUCCCAGUCGGAUCACGUUCAUGGCAUGCCUUGUGUGUGUGGCUAUGAUCGGAGCGAACUCAUCCAGGAAAGCAUGAAGUUAUCAGAUCUAGAUGAAGAAAGGGAAGAAGGCGUUACGAGUUCAAAGCGGAAAUUCGAUGAGACCGGAAAGAGCGUGGAGACGACGCCGAUGAGGGAGUACGAAGCAGAACCGGGUGAGCUGGAGUCGACGGCGACUCCGCCGGAAGACGAAGCUACUUCUCUUGAUAAGAAUCUUACGAAAUCAACACCUGAGAAGAUACCGUCCAGAGAGGAACUGGAAGCCUUUUUUUCUGUGGCCGAAAGAAAAAUCCAGAAGCAAUUUGCAGAAAAGUAUAACUUCGACAUUGUGGAAGGCAAACCACUGGAAGGUCAGUACGAGUGGGAUCGGUUACAGCCGUGAAGGCAUCGUCGACAGAAAUCGGCCGUACACCAAGAUCCAAUUACUUCGAAUUCUUAAUUUACUCUUGGCGGCGGCGUCAACAAAGUACUUUCUACGAGUAUUCAUUUAUUUAGGAAGUUGAUUGCCAUUCUUAGGAUUUUCUUUUUUUCAGUUUCUUGUUCGGGUGAUGUAUAUAUAUGGUUAAAAGUCUUAAACUACUUUAUCUCUUUCAAAUUCUUCUAGAGAAAUGAAGAAUUAACCCUUCAUGCAUUCCAAGGUACAUAUCAAUGCAUCCUGUUAUUAUUAUCCAAUGUAUAUAUUAGACAUGUAAUGUGUAUUUAAUUAUGAUCAUUAAUUCAAUAUUUUACGAUUUUAUCCUUUAAGAAUUAAUCCCUUCUUGUCGAGAUGAUCUAAUUUUAAG